UGCCGGCGGUUGAGUUGACGGGAACCAACAAACCUCAACAAGACGACCGGACAGACCAUCAUCGGUGUUUAGGAGUGAACGGGGAACAUCGCAAGACAUCUUCAACAGAAACUCUCGGACUUGAUCGUCACAACCGAUACACCGGAAGCACACCCCAAUCUCACCAGUACGCAAGAGCCCAAGAAGAAACAAAAACAAAAAAACCCGGAAGAAGAGGUUCUAUCUUUCGAUGUCGGGACGAGGUGGUUUCAGAGGAUCUGAUCGUGGCGGUCGUGGAGGUGGGUCAUCACGUGGAAGAGGUGGUGGUGGUGGGUUCCGUGGCGGCCGAGGUGGUUUUGGUGGCGGUUUCGAUAAUGGACCUCCAGCUGAAGUUUUCGAGAUGGGAUCGUUUGUCCAUGCAGUCGAGGGGGAAAUGUUGUGUACAUCAACAAAUGGAUCGAAAGUGCCCUACUUCAAUGCGCCGAUCUAUCUGGCCAAUAAGACGACGAUAGGAAAGGUUGACGAGAUUUUAGGACCGAUCAACGAGGUCUAUUUCACGAUCAAGAUGAGCGAUGGGAUGGUCGCAACCUCCUUUAACUCGGGGGACAAGGUCUAUAUCGCCGGUGAUAAACUUUUGCCUAUCGAAAGAUUCUUGCCUAAACCACCUGGAGAAAAAAUUCCCAAAAGAGGCGGCGGAGGUCGUGGUGGUCGUGGUGGAGCAGGAAGAGGAGGACCAAGGGGAGGAGGACGAGGGGCGCCUCGAGGAGGCGGUCGGGGAUUCUCAAGGGGUGGUGGUGCAGGUGGUGGGCGAGGUUCAUUUCGGGGUGCUCCACGAGGCGGUGGUGGAUUCCGGGGUGGUGGUGGUGGUGGUGGUGGUGGUGGCUUCCGAGGUGGAGGUGGGCGCGGAGGUGGGGGUGGGAGAGGUCGGGGUUAUUGAUACACCUUUGCAAUUUUAUGGAAAAACUAAACACAACACCUGUUCGUCGGGACACAAAUCGAUCUGGCUUCAGAGAAACCAUUACGCACCCGUCGUGAUCCUUUUCUAGCGAGUUGGCAGAACCAUUGUCUCAUCUAGCUUACCAUGGAGGUUCAUUGUCCUACAGGAAUUUUUGACUCGGACCAGCGUUUUGAGAAAAGGCCAUCGUAGGAUGACUGUAAAAAGCUUGCGAACCAGUACUUCGUCAGACUUGACCCGAUGCUACCUCGGCUGCUGACCGGGAUGUCAGAUCUUUUAUUGUGAUGCCUUUCUCAGAGUAAUGUCUUCGAUCCCGUGAGCUUCUG